AUUGUGUGUUGAUUAUCAAACGUCGGGUUACGGAGUGGGGUGAUGGUACCCUCUGACUGGAUUUCCUGUACAAAACAUUCUAUUCACCCACUAUUCUCCUCGAGGGAAAUGAGAUGAGAUUUUUAUUACUAUUAUUUUCCCCCUGAAGUGUGUGUGUGUCGUUUCUGGAGCCAAAAGGUCGAUAAUUUUUCUUGACGAUACUCACUGCAAACAUGAUUGAUGAAGAGGAGCAGCGGUCAGAGGACAUUGGGGAGGAGAAGCGAGAGGACCAACCGCCGAUCGAAGGAGCUAAGACGCAGGACAACGAGGAUGGAACGAAGGCAGACAACGCAGCGACAGCAGAAGAGGAAGAUGGAGGUGUUGCCGUGGACACAGGUGAGGACAAGAAUGGGGGGGAGGGGGAGAACAAUCAAGAAGGAAAAGAAGGAGGCGAUACUCCUUUGGAAAACGUUGGCGAUACACACGUUACAGAGGCAAUCGAUUCUGAAGGUGCGACCGAGUCUGCGACUCAGGAAGACCACACUGCCGUUGUUGUUUCGACAGAAGAAGGCCACCAGAAUUCAGGCGCAGGCUCAGCCUCGGGCGAAGCAGAAGGGAACAACCCGCCUCCUCCCCCUGCUUCGACUCCACACGAAGGCGACGAACAAGCUACCGAUACUCCACCAGAAGACCAGCCUCCCGUAGAUUUGGUUGAAGCGGCGCAGAAAGACGAGCAAAAAGAGGAAGAAAAAGUAUCACCUGACUCGAAGGCAAAUUCGGAGGAAAAUCCCGCAGACACCGAUCCCGAUCCUGGCCUUGAGCCUGCGAACGGUGAAAAGGAAGACGACCCCUCAAAUACGUCUGAGCCGCCAGACGAUCCUGGAGAGGCUGUAGUCGAAGAAAAUCUUGCCAUUCCCGAGGAAGAUACCGACUCAGUUCAGGUUAAGACGGAGCCUGAGUCCGCAACAACAGAGGAGGGCCAAGAAUCACCAGAAGCGGUAGAAGAGCCAAGUCACGAGGGGGAAUCAGCCAUCGAUAACGAUAACAAUAAUCCUAUUCCGGCAGAAACUUCUGUCGAGAAUCCGAAUUCCGAAGGCCCCUCUCCACCGGCUGAUCAGGUUCCGGUAGAACAGGGUGUUGAGGAGGUUGUGGGAACAUACCUAACAGAGUCUAACCCAGCGCCGCUUGAAACUCCUGACUCAGCCCCCGCUUCAGAUCUUAUCCAGCCUCCCCCCCUUUUAGGCCUGAUGUCUUCUCAACCUUCCACCAUGCCGGGUGUCCUCGACGAGGAGUCCUCGCAGUUUAACUUACCUUCCGGAGAAGACCCAUUUAUCGAUCGACCACGCUCAACUCUCGACGGCCCAUUAGACGACGAAGCUGCCGCCGCCGCCGCUGCAGCUGCCAUGGCCAUUUCUGCUGCCGAUGCGCCUGACGUGGGCGCCGAUAAACCUAGGCACCGCAAGUCGCAUAGGCGAAGGGACAGGAGCGACAAGCCGGAAAAGGAGCGAAAGCACCGCGACAAAGGCGAAAGAGAACGUCGCGAGAGGAGCGAAAGGGAACAUAGGGUCAGGGAUCCAAAAGAGCCGAAGGAAAAGGGGGAAAAAGAAAAGCGACAUAAAACUCCAGAAGAGAGAGCAGGCAAAGAGGCGAGGCGCGCUACAAAGUUGGCAGCAAAAUUUGGUGCUGUCCCACCAACUAUCGCUGUCGUCGACGAUGAAGUGGUUGGUGGUCGGUACAAUCUAUCUCUGCCUUCGGUGGAGGAUGGGACAAAACGCCGGCGCCGUCGUUCUAGGGCCGGUAUUGGUGCGGACGAUGAACCAGAGGUCACGGCCACGGAGGAACAGCCGGAAAAAGAGAAGAGGCAUCGGCGAAAGUCCAACUCCAAGAGAUCAGGCGGGGAAACUGAUGUUGAGGAUGGGAAGAAGUCCAAGAAAAAACACUCCCAUGCAAACAUGACUCCCGAGGCCCGGGAAGAGAGGAGGAAAAGGCACGAAGAGAAGGCGUUGCGUAAGGGUAGAGAACUUGAGGAGCAAGUUAGGAAGGGCAGUAGCAAGGAGGGCAAAGAAAGUAAGGAAGAUAGGGAGAGGCGGAAAGCGGAAAAGGCUGCCCGCAGGGCUGCAAAGGCGGAGGCUACAAUUAUUAAUGGGGGAGGCACUAUAAUUAACGGAGAAGGCACCAUGAUUAACGGCGAGGGUACUAUGAUUAAUGGCGAGGGUACUGUGAUUGAUGGAAACGCCACUGUCAUCAACGGCGGUGUCGAACCUCACGACGACCAAACCGUUUUGCCGGAGCCUGAUGCAGAGCCCGGACAAGAAGUAAGGACAGAGCUGGGUUUCGACCUCAAUAACUCUUACCCCGUGGACCCCGAGGCCUCCCAACUUGAGCCCCCAUCCGAGUUCCCUACAUCGGAAUUUCCAGCAUCCGAGUUUCCCGAAUCGGAAGCGCCAGCGCUUUUUCUAUCCCCUGAGGAAGCUAGGGUAGUAAAGGAGACACGCCGUGCUGCCCGUCGCGCUCGCAAAGCCGAACGGGAGGCACCGAAGGAUUCCGGUCACUCCUUUUCAAGCGAGGGUAAGCGGGAGCAUAGACAUCGUCAUCAUGAAAAGAAGCAGAGAACACCAGAGGAGGAAGAGGCUCGUCGGGCGAGAAAGGAGGAGAAGCGAAGAGCCCAGUCUAUGGAUGCCCCGGCCGUGACCUUCUCUGAGAGGGACGUGAAGGAAGCUAAGAGCAAGAAGACAAAGCGCAGAGGAAGUGAGGCAGUGGAGAAGCAAGAAGGCGGAGAGAAACAGAAAUUUAGCGUUCGGAAGACGCUUAGCCGCCUCUUGACUUUUUAGACUUGUCGCUUGGAAAAAAAAGGGGGGGAGGGGAAAGAAAAAAAAGCUGUGAUGUUGGAUACGAGAAAAAGCAUGCUGGAGUGAGGGGUUUAUUUGCUUUCUUUUUUAACAUAUUUUCCGGAUACCUGUUUUAUUGAUACGAGUGUGAUAGCUAGCGAUUGGAAGGGGAGUUGGACGUUCGUUUUAGUUUCAGUUUCUAGGUUGUCAAACUGGUUUGUGUUUUUGUAUGAUAUCAUUACUGACUCACGUCUUUGUUCUUUUGUUUUACAACCAACUCUUGAAUACUCUACUCUGCUCA